AAAGAAUGUAUGUGGAAGGUGCCAGCAUCUAGGUCUGGAAUGGAUUUAGUUCAUUUUGGGAGAGCUGACCCGGCGAUUAAAACACUGAACAGUCUAAGAAGCUUGGGAGAUGUAGGAGAUUAGUGUGUGGCAGUAAGACAAGAGGGAGAAGGAAGAAGGAUGUUCUUUUCUGUGUUUCUUAGAAGACAGUCUCCAUUGAUGAUAGAGCAGGGUAAAGGAAUCUAAUUUUUUUUAGGUUAACACUGAAAUCAGCCUUCUGGCCAUGCCGGUUCUAUGGCCUGUUUCUUCUCAUGAACCCCAGCAGAAGACAGACCGGCCAGUCCUCACAGUGGAUAACUUCCCUUCCUUGAGCAAGAGAUGGGAUAGAACCUGGGAUCUGCCCAACACCAGACUCUGGGCUUAAUAAGCCAGCUGAAUGAAGGAAUGUAACAGACCCCUGGGAGGGACACCGAACCCUGCAGUGGGGGGGGAGGGGCGUGGACAUACCCCUUCCCCCCCAGACUCCUCCCCCUCAGUCCACUCAGCCAUGGCCUUUGGACCUGGAUAAGAGGAGAGAAGCUGCACUUUGUUUGGUGUGUCUGAUUUGGGAUUCUUAAGUUUUGGAAAUGGAGUGCUGGAAGGGGGUUUGAUGAUCUCCAGGGGAGCAGCUGAGAGAAGAAAGGUACAUGGCUGCUUCCUAAUCCCGAAGGCCAGAGAGAGCGUCCCUCGGGCUGUGGAAGCCAACUAGGCAAGCCAAGGGCAGCCUCGAGCCCCACCCUUGCCGGCCUCCCCCGUGGGGGCCAGGAUGCUGAAGAAGCAGUCUGCAGGGCUUGUGCUGUGGGGCGCCAUCCUCUUUGUGGCCUGGAACGCCCUGCUGCUCCUCUUCUUCUGGACACGCCCGUCGCCCGGCCGGCUGCCCUCGGACAGCGCUCUUGAUGACGACCCCGCCGGCCUCACCCGCGAGGUGAUCCGCCUGGCCGAGGACGCCGAGGUGGAACUGGAGCGGCAGAGGGGACUGCUGCAGCAGAUCCGGGAGCAUCAUGCCCGCUGGAGCCAGCGGUGGAGGGUGCCCACUGCCGCCCCCCGCAGGCCCCCGCGCGUGCCUGUGUCCUCGCCGCCAGCCGUGAUCCCCAUCCUGGUGAUCGCGUGUGACCGCAGCACAGUCCGGCGCUGCCUGGACAAGCUGCUGCAUUACCGGCCCUCGGCCGAGCACUUCCCCAUCAUUGUCAGCCAGGACUGCGGGCACGAGGAGACAGCGCAGGUCAUUGCCUCGUACGGCAGCGCCGUCACGCACAUCCGGCAGCCGGACCUGAGCAGCAUCGCCGUGCCGCCCGACCACCGCAAGUUCCAGGGCUACUACAAGAUCGCGCGCCACUACCGCUGGGCGCUGGGCCAGGUCUUCCACCGGUUCCAGUUCCCGGCGGCCGUGGUGGUGGAGGACGACCUGGAGGUGGCGCCGGACUUCUUCGAGUACUUUCAGGCCACCUACCCGCUGCUGAGGGCCGACCCGUCCCUGUGGUGUGUGUCCGCCUGGAACGACAACGGCAAGGAGCAGAUGGUGGACGCGAGCAAGCCGGAGCUGCUCUACCGCACCGACUUCUUCCCGGGCCUCGGCUGGCUGCUGCUGGCCGAGCUGUGGGCGGAGCUGGAGCCCAAGUGGCCCAGGGCCUUCUGGGACGACUGGAUGCGCAGGCCAGAGCAGCGGCAGGGCCGGGCCUGCGUGCGGCCCGAGAUCUCCAGAACCAUGACCUUUGGCCGCAAGGGUGUGAGCCACGGGCAGUUUUUCGACCAGCACCUCAAGUUCAUCAAGCUGAACCAGCACUUCGUGCCCUUCACCCAGCUGGACCUGUCCUACCUGCGGCAGGAGACCUACGACAGAGAUUUCCUCGCCCGCGUCUACGGGGCUCCCCUCCUGCAGGUGGAGAAAGUGAGGACCAGUGAGCGCAGCGAGCUGGGGGAGGUGCGGGUACAGUACACCGGCAGGGACAGCUUCAAGGCCUUUGCCAAGGCCCUGGGAGUCAUGGACGACCUCAAGUCCGGGGUCCCCAGGGCCGGCUACCGGGGCAUCGUCAGCUUCCUGUUCCGGGGCCGCCGUGUCCACCUGGCCCCGCCGCAGACCUGGGACGGCUAUGACCCUAGCUGGAAUUAGCAGCACCACCUGCUCCUCCUGGGCUCACUUCUUGCCAUCUCGUGGGCUGAGAUGGGACCAGGUCCCUGGGCUGCAUCAUUCUCUCCGUGUGUCUCUCCUGGGUACAUUUAUCUUUCCUUUUUCUUUUUUUCUUUCUUUUCUUUUUUUUUUCUUUUUUCGAAUGGCAUUCAAGAGCACAGAGGAUAAGGUGAGGGUUAUUCUCCUGUUCCCAAGGGGGUCAAAUCAGGGGAACCUUGCUGGGGUAUGUUGGGUGGUAUUAGGCAGGAAACCACUGUGUGGUAGGGAGAGACUCGGGCAUGUGGGGGCCACAGACUUCCAUGUUCCAGGUUUUCUCCUAGAGCAUCUGCAGAGAGGUGGGCAGCUUUAGCUGUCUUGACCAGCUCUCUUUCCCUUGACCUGGCUCUUCCAAGCAGAGUCUGAGCUCACCUCCUGUAUCUGCUCCCCAUUCUCACCUUCCCCCAAUUUGAGGGGUUGUUGGGUUAUUUGAAUAGGAGAUGUAAUCUGUGGCCAAAAUGAGACUAACCAGAGGAGUGUCAUCAUCAGAGUCUGGGUGGAGCUGUUGGGCUUUCGGGGUUUACCGCCACCUACCCCUAUUUCUCUGCUACCCUCUCCUUAUCCCUGAUCUCCUCUCUGCUCUUCUUUCCUUGCAGCGUAGCAGUUUGUGAUUCUAAGAUGAAAAGUUGAAGGGGAAAAGCAAGACUUCUCAUCAGCUUAUCCCCAGAAGUGGGAAGGGGGUUGGGGAGGCAUGGUAGGGAGAAAGCCCUGGUGUGCCGGGACAUGCAUCCCUCAUCUUGCCUCAAUGAAACAGACUCUGUUCCCGGGCCCUGGCCUUUCUAAAAAUUGAUCCCUUCCCCGAUGCUGUAGGAGGUUUCCUGCUGGCCUUGUGGAAGAGCGGUUAGCUCCUUGUGUCCCUGCUCCCCCGGGGUUUGGUGCACAGGCUCCUCCCUGAAGGUUGAGGCUUCUGGUGGCCCUCGCAGGGUAGGUGGACUGCCAAGACAGGAUGGCUCCUGCCUCCCUCCCCUAUCCCCCAGGCAUUCCCGUGUCUGCUCAGAUUAGGAUGAGGAUGGCAGGUUGGAGAGCAAUGUGUGUGUUUUUGCUUCUGGCCUGACCUCAGUUCAUGGAAGAAAAUUGAAGCUACAGAAUUAUUUUCAAAAAUAAAGGCUGAAUUGUCUGAAAAA